GGCGGCGGCGGCUGUGGGCGGGCAGAGGGCAGUGGGUGCUCGUGGCCUGAAGGAGCGGCAGAGGAGCCGCGCUGAGGGCGGGAGCGUUCCUCGCCUCUCCCCCCCCAGGGUUCGCCCCCACCCCGGGAGAGGGGCAGGAUCUCGCCGCUUCGCUCGGCUGCCUCCGCCGUAGUUCCCUCAGGGCGCCCGGGCGCCGCCGCGGCCCGCCAUGCUGCCCGCCUCCCUUGUUGGGCGGGCGGGGCAGCGCGGCCCGCGGGCGCCGGCCUCCCUGGGGAGGUGGCUGCUGACUGCCCCGGGACGGGCCCGCCUGGGGACGGGGACCGGGACGGGCCCCUGGCCCUGCCUCUGCCUGCGGUGGCGGCGGCACCAGCAGCAGCCGCCCGCCCCGCUGCCCCGGGCCCCCCGGCUGAGUAUCGGGACGCGAGCGGGGGCGCUGAGGGCUGGGCGGCCGGGCGGUGAUGGCAAACAGGUCUCCGUGCAGAGGGCUCGGAAAGAGGAAACUCUGCUGUCGGCGGCCCAGAAAGUGAAAGAAGCUGGAAGAGACUUCACCUAUUUUAUUGUGGUGCUUGUUGGAAUCGGUGUUACAGGUGGUUUGUUCUAUGUGAUUUUUAAAGAGCUAUUCUCUUCUUCUAGUCCAAGUAAGAUCUAUGGAGAUGCCUUGGAGAAAUGCAGAUCUCACCCUGAGAUAAUUGGUGUUUUUGGUGAAUCUAUUAAAGGUUAUGGGGAGGCAACAAGAAGAGGAAGACGACAGCUUGUCAGUCACAUUGAAUAUAUAAAGGAUGGACUGAAACAUAUGCGUUUGAAGUUCUAUAUUGAGGGCUCCGAAACAGGGAAGCGGGGAACGGUCCAUGUGGAAGUCAAAGAGAAUCCUGACAGAGGAAGAUUUGAGGUCCGCUACAUAUUUGUGGACGUUGACACCUAUCCUAAGAGAACCAUUGUCAUAGAAGACAACAGAUAGCCAACGUUCAAAGUUGCUGCAUCAUCUCAUUGAGUAUUGGAUGAUACUGGUGUAGCCAGUCUAUGUUUGAAUUGUUUGGUGUUCUCAAUUGUAUCUUGAAGCUUUGGGGUUGUGCUACAGGUCAUAGCCUCUCAUAAUAACAGACAGAGGAUUUGAAGUGAAGCCAAUGAAAAAUAGUAGAGCCAGCACUUAUGGCAAAUAUUUUGACGCAGGAAAAUAAUGGCUCAUAAUAAACAGUUUGAUGCUGGAUAAUUCUUCUACACACUCAAAAUCUGAGUCUUCCAAGAUGUUAGGUUUGGAUGGGGAGCUUUUUGUCUUCCUUUGCUUGGAUUUCCCAGUAGCACUGCAAUAAAGUGGUAUUUUAAGUGUAGACAAA